UAACCCGUGCGGCCCGCCGUCAGUCAGGUCCGGCCGGCGCCCGGCCCGCCCCGCCGCAGCCGUGGUGGCAGCCCCGGGAGGAGCGCUGGUGUCCGUCUCUUUCGAUUCUCGGGAUUUGAAGAUGGCUGCACAGUCAGCGCCGAAAGUUGUGCUAAAAAGCACCACCAAGAUGUCUCUAAACGAGCGCUUUACUAAUAUGCUGAAGAACAAACAGCCGAUGCCAGUGAAUAUUCGGGCUUCGAUGCAGCAGCAGCAGCAGCUAGCCAGUGCCAGAAACAGAAGACUGGCCCAGCAGAUGGAGAAUAGGCCCUCUGUCCAGGCAGCACUAAAGCUUAAGCAGACCUUAUAUGCAAGUCCGGACAGUGGCUGUGGAAGGAUAUGUCCAAGCUGUGGCUGGGCGUCCAGAGGGCGGUGCCAUGCAACUAAGAGCUUAAAGCAGCGCCUGGGUAAGAGUAACAUCCAGGCACGUUUAGGCCGACCCAUAGGUGCCCUGGCCAGAGGAGCAAUUGGAGGAAGAGGCCUACCCAUAAUCCAGAGAGGCUUGCCCCGAGGAGGACUACGUGGGGGACGGACUACCAGAACCCUACUUAGGGGCGGGAUGUCACUCCGAGGUCAAAACCUGCUCCGAGGUGGACGAGCCGUAGCUCCUCGAAUGGGCUUAAGAAGAGGUGGUGUUCGAGGUCGUGGAGGUCCUGGGAGAGGGGGCCUAGGGCGUGGAGCUAUGGGGCGUGGCGGAAUCGGUGGUAGAGGUCGGGGUAUGAUAGGUCGAGGAAGAGGGGGCUUUGGAGGCCGAGGUCGAGGGCGUGGCCGAGGAAGAGGUGCCCUUACUCGCCCUGUAUUGACCAAGGAGCAGCUGGACAACCAAUUGGAUGCAUACAUGUCAAAAACUAAAGGACACCUGGAUGCCGAAUUGGACGCCUACAUGGCACAGACAGAUCCUGAAACCAAUGAUUGAAGCCUGCCUGCCCGCCCGCCCUCCUGCCUGUUAGACUCUUGUUAAAGUCACCACACCUGUAAAACAACCAAACUUGAGAAAACAUAGAAGAAACCUGAUUGAGGCUGAAAGGACCUGUCACAAUAGGAUGUGGACUUAACCUGCCACCAGUUGGUGCAUUUAGUCUGUUCUGUCUACUUUUGAUACUGUGUUGUAUGAAACCCUAUUUCCUUUAAUUUGGUUGAGUUUGUUUUGUUGUUUAUCCAGUCACCCAGACUUCUGUUUGAACAGGAAUGCGUUGGCCUUGUGAGUAGAACAAUUUUUCAGCCUUUGCCUCACCUGUCAUAUACUCCCACAUUUUUAAAAUAUUUCCUCUAACAAUUUUUAUGAACAUUUUAUGAUCCCAGAUGGAACCCGUGUUCCCACUAACACUGGGAUUAGAGUUCUACAUCUUCCUUAAAGCUUGUUAAUAGCUGGAGCUAAAGGUGUGUUAGCUAUGGUGGU